UGCAAUGUUUAUCACAUAGAAAGGCUGAAACAUUAAGGUCCAACAAUAGGGGGAUGUUUAAAUUUUGUCAGAUGCAUGCAAUGAAAUACAACCAUUAAAAAUUGUUCUUGGAGAACUUCUUAAUGAGGUGGAAAUGUUUACAGUGUAAAGUCUGGUUUAAAAAAAAAUGAAUGUAAAAUCUACAUACAGUAUGGCCCUAAAUAUUUGACAUAUAUACAUAGAAAACAAACACACCAAAAAGUUUACAAAUGGUUAUCCGUGGGCAGAAGAAUUGGAAAUUAUAUUUCCUUCUUUAUACUCAUCUGCAUUUAAAAAAUUGUCUACAAUGCAUAGCCAUUACUUUUAUAAUCAAGGGAAUAGAAAACAACAAAUCUGUAAUAGCCUCCACACCCCACCCCCAACAGACUCUCCUGGGUCUUAACCCCAGACUAAAUUGCUCUUGGGAUCUUUAGGAAUUUUGAAGCCGUUGGGCUCUCAACGAGUAACAAAAUAAAUCUUGAAAUUAAAAAUCAACCAGCAGGUAACCAUGUAGAAUGUCAUCUAAAUUCUGACAAAAUGCAAAUUUUGACAUAGUUUUAAGGGGUGGUAUCUUGCAUUGGGCUAGGUCUCAUUAGGACUUCCCCCUUGAUUCAGACCUACCUACCUAUUACCUACCUAAUCAGCCCAUAGGUGGCAAUCCCUGCCCUCCACCUUACCCAGGCAAACCGGUUCACUAGUCCCUUCAUGCUCCUCCCUAGUCCCAUCAGCAACACACCCUUCACCUGGUAACCCUCCCCUAUUUCCAGACCAUUUGGUACGCCAUCCCUGCUAGGAAGUGCGUACUGAUUGCAGCUAAGCAUAGAUCUCCCCACCUACACAACACCAGCAAAAAUCUCAGCGGGGUUCACUGUCUACAUAGAAUAGAGUUUGGGAAAUGAAGGAGUGAGUCAUCCCCCUUGGCCUCCAGCUUCUUAAUGUUGUCUUUGAGCCUCUGGGAUCUUCCCUAACUCUAAACACAGCUUCCUCCCCUCCUACCCUAUUCACCAGAUGGCUCCUUAAAAGGCCCUCCCUGAACCCUAGGCCCCCACUCAAGUGUGCUCCUUAAUUCUCUGAAGAACACUUCUCUUAGCCUCUGGCCCGUAGCCCACUGUGAGGUCAGCCUCCCCCCGAGAUCAGACCACUCUCUGCCGACACUGGACUUGGGAGGGAACGCCUGCAGCUUCACACAGAUCCUUGGCCAGAACAGUUUCCCAAAGCAUCACCUAUGCUUAGAUCCUUCUCGAACCAAGCUGCUCACAGCUCUUGUUUCUCAGCUUGUCCAGCCAGCCCUGUCACCCCUGACCCCACUGCCCCAACACUGUUUACAGCACCAUGCAGCUGUACCCAGCUGUACUUAGGUCUUCAAAUGGUUUUAGCCACGCCCUGCCCUGUCACUCAAGGCCCUCGCUGGCUAGGCCCAAUGCCCCCACUUUGCUGUCCUCAACUGGCUGGAAAUAUCCCAUUUCCCAGUCUUCCCUGAGCAGUUUGCACCUCAGGCCUCCACACCUUUUCUCAUGCUUUCCUCUCCCCAAAAGACUUACUCCCCUUUCUAUUGUUGUUCUGCUUCUCUGAUCAAAGUCUGUUCAUUUAGUCGCUCCCUCCUUUCUUCUACAGAAUUUUUCAGUUAAAUAUGCUUAGAAUUGUUUUUCCUACCAGGGGUGGAGGUUAGGUUUUAAACAGCCCUGAAUUCUCCAGCAGUGUUCCUUUAAUUAAACUAUUUCUCUGUGAAUUUACCCCUCCUCUUCCUUUGGACUGGAAGGUCCUGAAGGCAAUUCCUCAUUAUGUGUCCCCAACUCCAGCCGGGACAAGGCUUUACCCACAGUCCCCGCCACUGAGGGUAAGACAGAUCUUGAGAUCUCCCCUUAGCUCAGGAAACAGGACCAAACUUGUUGGGAAAGGGUGAGUCUUUUUUUCACUCAAAAUGAUUUGGUUAUCAGGCUGUGAACUAGGACUCCUGAGCUCUGCUGAUUCUGAUACUAGUUUAUUAAGGUAAGGAUCAUCUUUCUGUGCUUCUAAAUGGGAAUUGCACCUACGUGCUUUACCUGCUCCACCAGGACACUGAAUUCAAAUGUGGUAAUAAAGUAGAACAGCCACAGGAAAGGCACAGGAGCUGACGACGGGAAGCAGAAGGUCAUUGGCGCCAGAAUGGGUCAGCAUAAUUAGAGGCCAGGCGAGGGUCAGGAGCUUCCUUACUCAGCUUAGUAGUGGGAAUGGGAACCCAGCAAACUAGGAAACAAGUAGAAGCAGCACAGAAGUUUGCAGAGGUGGUAGCUGAAAAAGGAACGCUCGAACAUUUUCCCCGUGCGUGAAACAAGUUCGUGGUUCCUUUCACAAUACAAGCGCUACUGUUAGCAAGCUCAUGCAUUUGCCUUUUUUGUCCAAGUUUUCUUUCACUGGCUGCUUAUGUGGGGGUAGUAGAAAGAUCCCCUGAUUUAUGUUUAUUAAGCUUACAUGACCUUAAACAAGUUACUUAACCCUCAAGCCUCAGUUAUCUGGUCUAUAAACUGGGGACAGAACACUUACCUUGAAGUUAGUGUGAGAAUGAAUUGAUAGGAGCCCCAUAACUUGUCUAGCACAGUUCCUGGUAGUCCCCUGCUCUGAACAGAGAAGGUUUCGGUACAGCUCUGGCCUGGGUGUAGGUUACCAAUAUUGUGAGUAGGCUACGGCAGCGCUAGGGAGGUAUAAUUACUGAAACUUUAUAGCCAAGAUUCCAAGACAGUCACAAUUUCAAAGACUCUCUCCUGUUCUCUUAAGUCAAGAAGCAUUUGCCAAGUUUUGACUGGGAAAACAUGAUCACUAUGGAAGGCACCUUGGCGGCUACCUAUUUCUCCAUCAGCCCUGAGAGUCUGGGCUCCAGGCCCAAAGCUUCUCAGCCAGACACUCAAAUAUGCAGCUGAAAGGCGGAAGGAGGAAGAUGCUCAGCAGUGGCUCAGGGCACCUAGUAGGUAGGAGACCCAGGUGCUACCUCCCACCUUCUCCGGCCCAGUGGACUGCAGCCCAUUUCCACACUACAAGGAAAGAGCAUGUUAAACCCUUCGAACUCAAGUUAAAUCCUCAGGUCCUUGGCUGCACAUUAGAAUCACCUGGGGAAAUUUGGAAAUCUUCAUGCUUGGACUGUAUUCCAGACCAAUUAGAUCAGGUAUUUUCAAACUUGCCACAGGAUGAUAAUCACCUAUAUUAGCUUAAAAUAGUUUCUCAGGUUCUGGAAUUAGCACCAUUACCGGAACGUAAUGAUUCUAAAACACACCCCUUUAAAAACAUAGAGGAUAUAAAAAAACAAAACAAAAAACAUACAGGAUAUGUUAACAUCUUUGAAAUCUGAGUGAUCUUCCAAUCGGUGGUAUCUAAGAUUUUUUUUUUAAGAUUUUAUUUAUUUAUUUGAGAGACAGCGAGAGAGGGAACACAAGCAGGGGGAGUAGGAGAGGGGGAAGCAGGCUUCCUGCUGAGCAGGGAGCCCAAUGCAGGGCUCAUGACCUGAGCCCGAAGGCAGACGCUUAACAACUGAGCCACCCAGGCGCCCUGGUGAUAUCUUAAGAUUUGAUGACACACAGAAACCAGCAUCUCAGGUGAUCCUCAUAAUUAGGCAGGUCUGAGGAAAAAACAGUUCCCUAAUACUUUCUAGGGCAGCACUUCCCAAAUUCUAACAUCCUUAGAGUCAUCUGCAAUUCUGUUACAACGUAGGUUCUGGAUCAGAAGGUCUAGGUUAGGGCCUGAGAUCCUACAUUUCUAAGAAGCUCCCAGGUGAACGGUGCUAGGCCUUGUGCCACAUUUUGGGUCGCAAAAUGCUGAAGUAUCUCCUCCUGGGGAGGCUCCACCAGCAACUCAUUUAAUUAAACUGAAAUAACUGACAUAAGGAAAUAUGACCAAUGGAGAGAGUCUUUGAUAGGUCUGAGAGGCAACUACUGGACUGCACUCCAGCAUUUCUCCCCAGGAAGGGGCAGCAGGGAUGAAGGCCAGAGGGAGGGCCAUCCCAACCUUUGCAAAGCUGGAGGCUAGAGUCCAAUAAUUUCCCAAGGAAGCAGUUUGCUAUAUGAAGCAGCAGACCCCCACUCUAAAUACCAGCAGAAGUUCACUCACCAAGUGAAGUUGGGCCUCAGGUGGCUUUAGUGGGUUGAGGGGAAGCAGCCCCCUUCUGUCUACACAUACCCUUUCUCCUUCCUUCAUUUAGUCACCAAACCUUUACCGAGGGUCCACUGAUAAACCACAAGGUCUGAAGGAUUCAAAGAUGAAUCACAUUUGGUCCCUGAGCUCCAGGGGAAGGAAUUCAGCCUGGGGGAAACCACAUGUAACGUGAAGUACAAUAUGAAGUGAUAAGUGCUAUUAACAGAAGCACACACAUGACGAGAUGAGCCAACAUAAAGGAAUGACGCUGAGAGCUUCCCGGUGCAGCAGCCACUGGAGGAGCUGGAGGAAACAUUUCUAAUCUUUCCAGGAAGGGCACCACCCUAAACAAAAACUCCUUGCCAGGAGCAGCCUGCUAUGAUGGAGAGGGUGCUUUGAUGCCUUGAAGCCCUUAAAACCAAAACUGUACAAUCUGGAGCCUCAGGAUGGGCAGAGCUUCCUGCAUUUAUGCCUCUAAUCUCUAGCACUAAGAUGCAAGUGAAUCCAGGGAAGGAAGAGACUUUUAGGGGAUCAGCCCCUCAAAAGGAUGGGGGCAGCCAUGAUCUCAUUCCAGAGAGCUUCAGUACCUGCAUCCUAUCCUCCUGUGUCAGAAUCCCGCAGAGCAUUUUCCUAGUUACAGAAACACAAGUCUUUGCCCUUUGUCAUAUUGAGCUCUUAAUUGGCUUUGACCCAACACAUUGCUGGAUAUAAAGGCUACAAUCCCUAGACUAAGUAGAUCUCCAGCUGGGUAGGGAGUCUCAGCCAAGACAGGCAGGGUACAAGAAUCUAGAACUUGCUCCCUCACCGAGCCCCCUAUAGACCAGCUUUUGAGGAGGACUACAACGAAACGGAUCCUCAAUCCCAAUUUACUUUUUCCUUAUUUUCCAUCUCACAUAGGAAACUCUGGAGAAGAAGCUUAAGGGCCGGAAGAAGCAGCUGAGGAGGAGACAGCAGAAAGAUGGGGAGUGGAGCCAGUGCUGAGGACAAAGAACUGGCCAAGAGGUCCAAGGAGCUAGAAAAGAAGCUGCAGGAGGAUGCUGACAAGGAAGCCAAGACAGUCAAGCUGCUAUUGCUGGGUGCUGGAGAGUCAGGAAAGAGCACUAUCGUCAAACAGAUGAAGAUCAUCCAUCAGGAUGGCUAUACACCAGAGGAAUGCCUGGAGUAUAAGUCCAUCAUCUAUGGGAAUGUGCUGCAGUCCAUCCUGGCUAUCAUCCGGGCCAUGUCCACACUAGGUAUUGACUAUGCCGAACCAAGCUGUGUGGAUACUGGGCGACAGCUCAACAACUUGGCUGACUCCACUGAGGAGGGCACCAUGCCUCCCGAGCUGGUGGAGGUCAUCAGGAAGUUGUGGAAGGAUGGUGGGGUGCAAGCCUGCUUCGACCGAGCUGCAGAGUACCAGCUCAAUGAUUCGGCAUCUUACUACCUGAACCAAUUAGACCGGAUUACAGCCCCUGACUACCUCCCUAAUGAGCAAGAUGUGCUUCGAUCCAGAGUCAAAACCACAGGCAUCAUUGAGACCAAGUUUUCAGUCAAAGACUUGAACUUCAGGAUGUUUGAUGUGGGAGGGCAAAGAUCGGAGAGAAAGAAGUGGAUCCACUGCUUUGAGGGAGUCACCUGCAUCAUUUUCUGUGCGGCCCUCAGUGCCUAUGACAUGGUGCUAGUGGAGGAUGACGAAGUGAAUCGUAUGCAUGAGUCAUUGCACCUCUUCAACAGCAUAUGUAACCACAAGUUCUUUGCGGCUACUUCCAUUGUCCUCUUUCUCAACAAGAAGGACCUCUUUGAGGAAAAAAUCAAGAAAGUCCAUCUCAGCAUUUGUUUUCCAGAGUAUGAUGGAAACAACUCUUAUGAAGAUGCAGGGAAUUACAUCAAGAGUCAAUUCCUUGACCUCAACAUGCGAAAAGAUGUCAAAGAAAUCUACAGUCACAUGACCUGUGCUACAGACACGCAGAAUGUCAAAUUUGUAUUUGAUGCAGUUACAGAUAUUAUCAUCAAAGAAAAUCUCAAGGACUGUGGGCUCUUUUAAUUCUCAUCACUCUUCAUGUACACAUCCCAUAACCAGGCUUGGAAUCCGGCUAAUUUCAAGCAGAAAAGCAUAGAUCAAUAUACCAUGGCAUGAAGAGUGAAUCCAUUCUCUUUAGAGAUGGACUUAUACAUGAUUGCAACUGUGUCCCGUAUGUUCUUUUCAAAGUGGGAUAGCUAGUGCAGUUUAAAGAGCAUAAGGCCAGGAGUCAGAAGACCUAGGUGCCAGCACUGGUUCUUUAACUUACUACAAGGUGUUAAGUAUUUCAUUCCUCUGAGCCUUGAGUCACUCAUCUAUAAAGUAAAGAUAACUUCCCUACUACUUCACAGGGUUAUUCUAAUGAUCACAAACAUAAACUGAAGGGAAGGAGCAUAAAAGCUGUGUGGUUAGAGUCACAGAAAGAAAUCCUAUAUAAAAGCAGCCACUAAGGAAAUUCAAGACAAAAUAUUUAGACGAACUAUCCAAGGAAAGCAGCAAACCUUCCCUACGUUCUGCAAAAUAAACAAUUAAAAACAAGACCUCAAUAAACCUACCACCAUUUUUUACAAACAGACUCUCUGUACCUUAGCUCAGAGAUCUGAAUCACUGGAUUGGAGAUGUAAGUUUCUAAGGUACAUGUCCAAAACCGAUCAUCUUUAUUAAACAGACUAUCCCUCUGCAAGCUGCCCAACUGCCAUCUCUCUGUAAAUAACUGUCUCAGGUAUAAAAGACACUUUUUUUUUUAAAGUAGGCUCCAUGCCCAGCGUGGAGCCCAAUGUGGGGCUUGAACUCACAACCCUGAGAUCGAAACCUGAGCUGAGAUCAAGAGUCAGACGCUUAACCGACUGAGCCUCCCAGGUGCCGCUCAGGUAUACAAGACACUUUCUGAAUAAACUUGGAAGAAUUCAACACACUCCCACUUAGAGUAUUAAUGAUUUUAUUGCUACCACUUCUUGAUCACAGAAUUUUUUUUUUUGUAAGUGUAUUUAUUUAAGCAAUCUCUACACCCAACGUGGGGCUCGAACUCACAGCCCCGAGAUCAAGAGCUGCACGCUCUAUCGACUGAGCCAGCCAGGCGUCCCUCAAUCACAGAAUUUAGAGUAGGUAAGCAAGGCUAAAAUUCCCAUUUCAACUGCUACGUUUCAGAGCAAAAAAAGGCAGCUGAUCUUGCUUUAGGCACUGAAAAUCUCUGCAGUUGAAUCCAUGUGAUGCCUGGCUGAAAACAGUAUCUCCCCAUACAGGACAACAAGUAAAUUAUUUCUUUGAACUCCUCUGAGGGGAAACGAAGCUUGCAUUUAUCUUGACAGGAGGUGGUGAAGUCAAGUACAGAUUUAGCAUUUACAACUACCAGUGAGGAAAGCUCUUGGCAUCCAAGAUUUAGUAUAUAAAAGAAAGUGUCAAUUAAAAUGAAAAUCUGCUCCUUGCCAGAAACACAUAUUCACACUUAGGCUGCUACUAGCAAUAUUGAUACUAGAGAGCCAUAUGAGCUUGAAAUACAUUGAAGAAUAAAUUUGCAGCUGUUAAAAUUGGAUUCAUUUAAUAGUCUUUCUGAUUCCAUGAAAAGAAAUCAACUUGAGACAAUUACCAGAGAAAUAAGGGAAAGUACUCUAUUGCUGAUUAAAAAACUUCACCAAAGGAAAAACCUGGGCAAGACUUCAUGCAUGCAAGAGCUGUUCAGGGACUACAUUCUAAAUGGCAUAUUCCAACUAUCACUAACCUAUUUGUUUUAACUCAAUAUACAGGGAUUAUGAUUCUUUUUUUUGGUAUCACGGAUCCCUCCAACAGUUUGAUGAAACCUCUGGACCUCUUCUCAGAAUAUUUAAAAAUGCAUAAAAUAAAAUUCAGAGAAUUACAAGGGAAACCAACAUACUAGGAAUACACUUCUAUCUUUGGAGCCCUGAAGCCCCAGGUUAAGAAUCCUCACUUUGGCUAAGAUCUUGUCUAUUCAGGUCCCAAAUCUAAUGUAUCUCACUUAUUCGAUCUUCAAUUAGGGUAGCCCAACCUCCCCACAAAUUGUACCAGAUUGUUUGCUUCUAUUAUUAUCUUUUCCUUGAUCUUUGACUCCAGGCAGGACUUGGUUAUAGGCCAAACUAUAAGAGCCCACCCCAGGCUUCUUGGUUAUAGAUGUUCAUAUAGAACCAGCCCUCUAGUCCUAGCAUGAAAACAGAGCCAGUGGGUCUUACCUUCUGGUAUUCUACUCACUCUGCUAUCUUUAUCUUUUGUUUUUGCUUUAUUUUAAAUUUACACCAUAGUGCUAAAUCUUAUGCAUCAUCAGAAAUUCUUUUUUGUAACGAGGUAGGUCAGAACCAGUUCAACCCUAUUUUCAUGAACGGCGAUCUUAAUUCUUAAAAUGAUAAAACUAGAAGGAAUUUUAAAAUAGUCCAGGCACUGGACUGUUCACUAGCAACUUAUAGAUAAGAAACUGAGGCCCAGAGACGUGGAAUGUCUUCAUCAAGAUCAAACUGCUAGGAUGUCGGAGAACUAGAACUCCAAAACAGGUCUUCUGAAUCCCAAGCCAGUGUUCUAUCAUGCUGCUGAAAGCCCACCAUAUACUAUAAAGUCAAAGUCAAUUUUCUCAUUUCCCUAAGCUCUUCCCAUUCUCAACCAAAUUUUGGUUAUUUUUAAAUUAUGCCAUCCUAAAUCAUAGAUAUUUAACAGUAUCCUCUCCAAACUGAAUACAAAUCAGCCUCAAAUUUGACUGUGAAUUUAGCAUAAAACAAAAAUAUAAAUAGCUUUAAGUUUGUUUGUUGAAGGUGUAAUUAAUUUUCUGUUCAUACCCUUAGAGGGCAGAGAUCUGAAUCCAAUUCCCUUACAGUGCACUGGACACUGUUGACAAUAAGCCAAAUGUGAAUUAGGUUUCACUUCUUGAGAAUCUGAUGACAGCUGCUUUUCUUUUUCUACAAAAAUACAGUUAUGAUUAACACAAAAGGACAAAUAUUGUAUGAUUUUUCACUUAUAUCAAGUAUCAUGGUAGUCAAAUUUAUAAAGACAAAGUAGAGUGAUGGUUACCAGGGCUGGGAGGAGGGGGAAUGGGGAGUUAGUGUUUAAUGGGUACAGAGCUGCAGUCUGGGAAGGUGAAAAAAGUUCUGGAGAUGGAUGGUGGUGAUAGCUGUGCCACACUGUGAAUGUACUUCAGACCACUGAACUAUGUACUUAAAAAUGAGUAAGAUGGUAAAGUUUAUGUUACGUAUGGCUUACCACAAUAAAAAAAUAGUGGAAAAAAAUACAAUGUAAUUGGAAAUGUGCUUUUAUGUUCUGUGGGUAAAAGCAGUACAAAAACUCAGUCUUAAAAGCAAUGUAAGAGACACAUUUACUUUUAACAGUUCCUACUGUGAUAAAAAGUUCACUUACAUAUACCCCAUAUAGUCCAAAUCCGGGUAGCCCCAUCCCCAAGGUAAGAAAUAACAGCAUUCAAAACCCACUCUAUCAUUGGAGAUGUGCCGUAGACCAAAGUGUGCUGGCCAUGCUGGGUGGAGAAGGUGGUGAAGGGUGAAGAGCUCUUACCUCCCACUGCCCUCUCUACCCGGCACAGCCCCCGGAGCACAGAUUCCAGAUGGACUUCAGUGUCGGCCCAGGGACUACAAGUGUGCCUCAGCCUCUGGUGUUCCUGCUAGGUAAAAGCAUGAAGACAUUCCUGUGAGGUCCAAAAGACACAGUGCAGAGUUUCUGCCUUUUGGCCACGAAAAAGCAAGCACUAGUAUUAACAGAAAUAAAGAACUGGAUUUAAACACAAAACAAAGCAAAGACCCUUCUUUUCACCCGGCUUGACAAAUUGCAGAGCCAUUUAUAGUUGAACUUCAUCUCAGGCGUUCAAAAUGAGUAUGGCACAGUGAUGCUGAGAAGACAGCCGGCUACAAUGAAUACAUCCGUUGGUACGGUCUUAAAAGAUGACUUGUUUUGCCGUACAGUAUCAUCUGGAGUAUUGUAAAGAGUAUUUACAAAGCACUUUUAAAUACGUUAUUUCAAUUGGAUCACAACCAUAGUACAUCAUAGCUGGAAGGAAUAACUUAGUCUACCUUUAGGUAACAGAUGAGGAUUUAAGAGAAAGAUUUCAUAGGUGGUUGGAGGCGGGAAAAAACCAGAACUGGGUGUGACAAACAGCCCUCUCAAUAAGAUUCUGAGAGGUCUCAGGAACUUUAUCCUCCGUGAGCAAAAAUGAAGAGUUAAAAAGAACAGUUAAUUUCUUGUGAUUUGUUAGGACUGCUGGGAAACUUACAUUUAAAUAAGGCUCUAGGUAAAAAUGUUUGGAUGAUAAGGAAUAUGGGGGCAGGAGUGGGGGGCGGUAGUAGAGGAUAGGAGAAAGAUAAACCACACUUUACAGAAUUUAAUAUUCCACCUGUCAAAGUUAUCUUACAUCUGGAUGCUAAUACAUUGAGAUGGUGUAUCCCAGCAGCGUAUUUACUAAUACUGGACUAUUUCUGCUACCUUGUUGAUUCCCACGAGAUUUCAGGGAAACAUUAGCAGCAAGCAUACAAAGACUUUUCUAUUUGACUCCCCAAUCAUUCCCCUUCUCUACCCCUUCCCCAGCCUUGUCCCAAAAAGACUUUCCAGUCUAUAAUUUAGAGCUAGGUAGCUUUGCUCUUUAUCCACCAACGGUAAAUGAAUAUUCAUGUUAUUACAUAUAUAUAGCUAGACCUCUAUCAUGGGAUUUUAUCUUUGAUGUUUCUUUCAAUUUUCACUGAAUAAAUGCAGUAACACAAAUGAAACAAAUGUCUGGAAACUCCAAGUUUCUUGUUUUGUCUUAAUUUUGUAUAAAAACUAAAUACUCUGUAUCAAAAGUGUAGGAAUGUUCUUUGACUAAACAGUUCUCUUACUAAUUUUUUUGGUGAAAGGCACUCUAAGUCAUGUACAAAAGGUGCUUAUUUAUUGGCAAAUAAAAAAUACCUCAAUCGUUUACUAGUAACUUUUAAGGUUCUAUGUCUACUAUUUAUGUUGAUCUUUUUAAAAAAAGAUUUAUUUGUUUGUUUUUGGGGGGGAGAGAGGGAGGGAGAGAGGGAAGGAGGGAAGGAAGGGAGAGAAAAUCUCGAGCAGACUCUGAGCCGGGCUUGAUCUCUCAACCCUGAGGCCAUAACCUGAGCUGAAACCAAGAGUCUGAUGCUUAAGUGACUGAGCCACCCAGGGACCUCAUUUCUGUUGAUCUUUAACAUAAGGUCCUAUUCAGUUGUCCACAAAUGUUGGCCCAUGUUAGCUUCAUGAGAACCACACAGGAGUUUAUUUAAAAAUACAUGUUCUCAGGAUCUGUCUCCAACAUCUCAAUUUAGUAGAGUUUAGCCAGGGAAUCUGCAUGUUAAUCAUGAACCUCAGGUAUCUACUGCUAUUAUAACCUUCUCUAUUAUCUUUCAUUCCUAAGAAGACUUGAGUCAAGCCAGGUAUGUAAGCCUGACAUAGUAUCAGAAAAAAACUGUCCUGUCCUGACUUGUUCUGGAGUCCUAGCAGAAGUAAUUCAUACAAGUUAUGAGAAAAUGGGGGCGGGGGGGGAGUUAAAAACUAAACAAAGGUAAAGGAACAAAGAUCCUGACCAUCCAGAAAGUUUGUUCCCCAGUGCCUCACCUCACCUAAAUCUUUUACUUCCGGAGGGUUGAUAGCAAGACCAACUUUCAAUUUCAGGCCUCGAAGCAGCCUGGUGUGCUCUUGUGGUUAGACAGCCAUAAAGCUAUGUGGAGAGCUGUGGCUGGUCUAGGUCAGAUCUCUGACUUGUACUAUGAAGCCUGAAGAACACAAAAAUGACCUGGCGGUACUGGGAAACUGAAAUAACUUUGUUCUUAAAGCCAGUAUAAGAUAUGAAGGAUUUCACAAGCAGUAAGAGUGAAGAAAAUUAGUGCUGUUUUAGGUAUGUUUAAAUACGUAGAGGACUGUGGUUUUCUGAACAUCUGGAAGAUCAACCAAAGGUAGGUUUUUAAAUGGAGGGAAAGACUAACUUUACCUUUUAUGUAACUGCCAAUACAGCAACCAGUUCUGCAACAGGACGCUCCAGAAGGCUAAACAAAUGUACACAUACAUGAAGUAACUAGUCAGGCUAGGUAAGCAAUGUCCAAAGAAAGUUACAGCUACAAAUCAGAGAACAGUGGCCAAAAUAUAAGAAUAUAAGGUGGGCAAAUGAAUUAGAAGAACCAGCAGUUAUUUUUAAAUACUCUAAUGUGCAUGUAAUAAAACACAAUAGAACACGUAAGAGAAUAAGAAACAAAGCAAGAAGAUAGUUUUUAAAAUUUGGUCCAUCUAUUCUUAGAAUGCAGCACCUUUUAAAAAAAAUAACAAUUCAUCACUGGAAAUAAUAAAAUGAUACACUGAACUAGAGAUAGAGAUUUAGAAUUCAAACCGUCCUAGAUGAAAUGUCAUCCCAAGAUCCACUUUGAAUAACUGUAAAACUUCUUGGAAUUUUCAUGCCAGGAGGUGAAAUCUUUCGCAAGUCUGAAUUAUAUGAUUGGGGAAGAAUGGCCAUCAAGAAUACCUCCUCUUUACAUAGAGCCUAAUGAAUGGCAUUUUUUUACAGCCCAAGGUUUUAAUCAGGUGAAGAUGUGACUGUCAUCAAAAUAAAGCUAUUGUUGUAGUCCUUCCUACUAGGGUCUAUUUACUGUUCUUUAUUCAUUAAAGUUAAUUUUCUUAUAUGUGCUGGUUUCUUAGAUGGUCCAAGGCCUGGCCACAUGAAUACUGAAAUGUGGUCCAUCACAAACCUCCAGCAUUCUCUGCAGAAAAGAUACAAGGCAACUUUUAGUUUCUUUGAUUACAAAUAUCAAUCCUUUUUCUCCAGGCUAAUACACAUGAUGUUUCACCCCCGCACUCUGGCUCUGCUAUGAAAAAAGAUCUUUUAUUUCAAAAUACAACAGGGAUUCGCAAAGCUGAUGAUCAGAAUCACCUUUUAUAAAAUUACAGAUCACUAGCCCACCGGCCAAGAGUUAAUUGCUGAGAUGGAUCCUGGUGAUUUUGACUUAAGGCAUACUUGAAAACCUCUGACUUGAAUUGUGUCCCUGUGUCCUCAAGGAAUGUGCAUUUAAAUAAGUUACAUGGAAUGGUGGGGUAGGGGGUGAGAUCUUCAUGUAAAUAUAGAACAAAGGUAUAUGGUAUAAAGGCAGAAAAGUGGAGAACUACUAUUUUUCAUUAACAGAAAAGCUAAAAAAUGAACCUAACAGACAGACGUAUUCAAAUGAAAAUACAAAGUGCAUUUCCAAGUAUAAUUAACUUACUUAGAUUAUUUGUUAUUUUGGAUUAUCAACAAUACCAUCCCAUUAGCCCUGACUAUAGAAAGACUACAGUUAAAACAAUAUUCCACCAGUUCUCAUUUCCAGAUGAUCCUAUAUCACAGAAUACAGUAAGGAAAAGAUAUAUUCAAAAGGAACAAGAACUAUCAACUUAUGUGGGCAUUGAGUUAAUCACCAAUUGAAGUUGAUCAUUUUCUUUUAGAUCCAGUUUUCCCAACCCUAAAAAAAAAACAACUGUUUAGACAAUAACAGUUAUACCAUCUGCAUAGUUAUACUUUUCCAAAAAGAAUAAGAAAAAAAAAUUCCAAUAAAGGCACUGAACUGCUGUGGCUUGCUUUCUGAACCAGCUUUGAUGACCACGAACCUUUUUGUUUUGUUUUAAACUAGAAAAAGGUUACAUCAAAAGAUGACACAGAAUCCAAUCCAAAAAGACUGGACCCCAAAAGGCACUGCUCAAACUGCUGAUUUGGAAUGCUCAAAAUGCAUUCUCUUCAUCUGCCUUCCCCCAAAGGCCCAUUAUUUAAGGACAUUUGCUGUACAUUAUACAAAAGGACUGCAGGCUGAGGUGAAUAAAGCUCUCCACAAAACCAAAAUGUAAACCUGGAAAAUGGAUUAUGACUGCAUGUCACUUACACAGAUAGGACAUAAGACCCUCAGUCAGGCCAAGAUUCAACAAUACCAUUACACCAAAAGACUAGCCCUUCAGGGAACCCUCUACCUGAACCCAUUCUCAGACAAAGGCCAAAGCACAUUCAGCAGGGACAAAAAGAAACAGAACAAAAUAUUUCCAGAAAGGUCUAGUUACAAACAGGAACAAACCUGGACUCUUUACUCACCAUUUUAAUACUGCUGCCAACUAUAACAGAUUAAAAUCUGUACACACAACAAAGUGGAAAAAGUCCCAAAAUGCAAUAGUUUCGGCAAAAGAAGGUACUGACUAAGGAUUACUACAAUUAACAUUGCUACAAUAAAAACAAUGGCAAACAGGGAUUUGGCACCACAUUUACAAAGUAAAAGCAUGCAUUGUUAAUACACUUUAGAUGUUUCCCAACAGAAAAGGCCAUGGAGAUGGAAAACAAGGGGCAUCUUUUACAGAACUCCCUAUGACUGAGACAAACAAGCAAGAACCAAAGGGGUCAAUUUAGAAGAUCUGUAGCAGCAAAGUCACUGUUUCUGUUUGGAAUUUAGCAAUUUGCAUUUCUCAUCGACAGCUGCCCUGGGUGUGUCUGUAUCCAAGAAG